UCACAGUGAGUGCUCACUGAGUGAAAAGUACCACAAGAGGAAGGAAAGUCAGAGAUUUCGCUCCCAGGAUGAAGUUGGGCUAUUUCAUCUUCGCCGUGUUCGUCAUCGGUCCUGCCUCUGCUCAGUGGGAGGAAUUCAUCGGCCAGAUCGUCACAAAAGUGAUGGGACUGUGGAAGGACGAGCAGGUGGAGUUUCUGGGUCAUCGAUGCGACUACUCCAUGUCCCCCGGCUUCUACAGGUGGCAACUGCAUUACAAGACGAAAGUGAUGUGUCCUGGCUGGACCACCAUCAUCGGGCGAGCUAAGACCAGGAGUCCAAGCGGAUCUUUGGAGCAAGCCACAAAGGACUUCGUGAGCAAGGCUUUAAAAGCAGACUCGUUUGGAUCUGAAAUGUUCCAUCAUCUCUUUGGAAUUCGUGACCUAGGACUGGUGACAGAAGAGCAGGUGAAAGACAUUAUUCGUGCCUAA